AGCGACUCUCACGUGUCAGAAAUAAUACAGCAGGAAGUGUGUCCGGCGAUUGUGUCACACAGGCUGUUAAUUCCGCGCGCUGCCAUAAGCCUGAAAAGUGAAGUACAUAGUACCGUUAUCGCAAGGCCACGACGAAUCAUUGUUUCGAUUGAUUCAAGCUGAGAAAGAAAGAGAACGAGGAGGACGGAAAGAAAGAGAAAGAGAGGGAACGUAGGCGAAGAAAAGGACGCGACGAAGAAGGAUUGAAGAAGGAAAAAAGAGGAAGGAGAGGAGGAUACGGGUUAAAGCCGCAGAAAGCGUCUGGCUCUCUAAAUCCAAAUAAGAGGUGUCCCCGAACCGGCGCUGUCUGAACCAGCUCAACAGCUGAUCGGAGUACGAAGCGGCGGUGAACGGGGCCACUAUUGCACCACCACCCCGCGAUUGGAAAAAAUUUGAUAUAUUAAUCGGUCACUGGUUAACGGCCGGACGUUUCCACGAACGAAAAAAGAGGAAGGACGAGACCAAGGUCGAGAAAAAGGAGCGAGGCGUCUGGACACUCGAUAAGAAAAAGAAGGAGACAAAUUAACGACAAAGACGACGACGACGGCGACGACGAAGACGACGACGACGACGACGACGACGACGACGACGACGACGAAGAAGAGGAAGAAGACAAGGGCGAAGAUUUCUUUGCUUGUUUGGAUACGCCAUCAUGGUCAAAACUUUUCAAGCAUACCUGCCCUCGUGUCACCGCACUUAUUCGUGCAUUCACUGCCGUGCUCACCUCGCCAACCACGACGAACUCAUCUCUAAGUCCUUCCAGGGCAGUCAAGGUCGUGCCUAUCUCUUUAAUUCCGUGGUGAAUGUAGGCUGUGGUCCUGCGGAAGAGCGAGUUCUGUUAACUGGCCUUCAUGCUGUCGCUGAUAUUUACUGUGAAUGUUGUAAGACCACCCUUGGGUGGAAAUACGAGCAUGCGUUCGAGUCGAGUCAAAAGUAUAAAGAGGGCAAGUUUAUAAUCGAGCUUGCUCACAUGAUCAAGGAGAAUGGAUGGGAAUAGAUCGAGUCGAGGGUCACCCGUUGCAAGAGAAACUGGAUACUCCCGAUACAAACAUAUACGAGGCCCAUCAAAACUUUUCCUGAUAUAAGAAUAAUGCCUACAAUGUUGUUCUAAUCGCAAUGUGCGGCCCCCUCCCCUCUGUCAAACCACCAACGAAAGUCUGUGAUUUCAUUUGUGAUUUGUAAUCUUAGUAACUUUUUAUGUUUCGGACAAUUCGACGCUAUUUUUCGUUCUUUCCGAUCGAUUCAUCAUACAAGCGAUGACACCGGCGAUCCGCGGCGUCGCGGAUCGAUCAAACAAGGAAGUAUUGUAAAGAGAGAAAGAAAAAAAAAUUAUUUUUCAACAAACCAUAAAAAAUAGAAGAAAAAGAAAAAGACGGGAAACAAAAAAGGAAGAAAAAAACAAAUGAAUAUAGAAUAUAAGGAACAAAAAACAGAUGAUAAUGACGUUAGUAAGCUAUGGUAAAUAUGAUGACGAAGGUGCCAUGGUGGAAAUAAAGAUGGAGAAUCGCUCUGUUCGAACAAUGGGGUGCCCUCCUAAUUUUAAUUCAUUAUCUUUCUAGACAUUUUGCCGUGAAUGUCGCAAUGAUAAAUGUUAAAAAUUAACGCGCGGGGCACCCCGAUUAAAGAUCAAAUUUUUUAAUCCGUUAUUGCACCGGAGCAGCGCAAGUGCCACAGACUUUGCUGGACUGACUGCCUGCCCGCCGCGUCUAUCAUUGGAAUUUCACUGCCGAUAUUCCUAAUAUUAAUUAAGAUGGCUGUGCCGCAUCGUAGGCGACGCAGCUGGUAGUUUUUAGAAUAGCUUACGAGUAUAGCAUAUUAAAGCCUACGUUAUAAUAUUAUAGGACCUCAUGGAUAUAGAAAAUAAGGAUACCGUAAGAGUAAUCACGGGUGUGAAACGGAAGUCGAGAGGAAGAAAGACGGAGUGAAUGUCUUACGUGUGCGUGCGUGCGUACGCGCGCGCGCGUUGUGCGUGACAGGGACAGAGAGAGAGAGAGAGAGAGAGAGAGAGAGAGAGAGAGAGAGAGAGAGAGAGAGAGAGAGAGAGAGAAGGAAGAAGAAAGGUUUGAUUAAUCGUGUCGUGUGUAUAUGUUUGAUUUUAUGUUCACCAUGCCUGCCAAACUGUCUGUUAAUCUGCCAGUCGCCAUUACUGUUAGUGGAAAAAAAAAGAAAGAAAUACCGUAUUCUAACAUGUUCACGUUUUCGUCGGCUCUGCAAGGUGUGGUAUGACUGAACUUUUUUGUUGUGAAUAAAAAAAAUCAUUGAUCUGCGCCUUCCUAUGCACGCACUAUGAGAUAUAUAAUAUUAAAGCAAGAAAAACGAGAAAAAAAGUUAAAAACGGAACAAAUUAAUUGCUCAUUACUUUUAAUAUCGAUCUCAUUUGUAAAUAUUUAAUAGAGUUCAAUGACAUCGCAGAUUCACUAUUUUACAAAAGAUCGGAAUUCCGAUAUCCGAUCCCCCUCUCGAAGCCCAAAUGUACGAUUGAUUUUCAUUGGUCAUUAAACGAAAAAAUUUUACCAUGAUACUGAUUUGUCAUUUUCACGCUAAACCAAUACAUAAUGACAUAGCGACAUUUUAAUACAAUUAAUUUUCUUUUGGUAGGAUAUCGUAUCUUUGAGACUGCUUGUGUAAGUGAAAUGAUGUAAACUAAUUUUUAGGCGACUUUUGAUGUUACCUUCGUUAUCUUCUUUAAAUUGUAAAACGAUUAAAAUUGAUAUCAUUUAUUUUAGACAUAGAGGUCCUAACAUUUAUGAAAUAUCGAUAUUCGGAUAGAUAUUUGGAUUUGAAACGAUAAAAACAAGUAUUUACCGUUCUUUGCGUUCUAUAUCCAAACGAAGGUAGCAAAAUGUGCAGGCGUGAAAAACGUUUAAUUCCUAUUUUAAUAUAAAAGUACAUAUAUAAAGCAAAAGUAUAAUUGUGACAUAAGUGUACAAACAAACAAAAUAUUGGUCGGUUCUUGUGCUACGUUUCUCUUAGAAGAGCGCAAAUUGAAUAAGGAGUAUAAAAACUAGGUGGGGUCAUUAUUCAGAUAUUUAAUAAAACACGAGUCAUAUGCGUUCGUCGUUUUGAAUGCAUACAUACGAAAGUGCAGUGUACUUGUGUGUAUUUAGAAACGUGAUGAAUGAAUGUGCCGGCCUAAUUCCUCAUGCUGUCUCUUGAAAAGUACUUUUUAUAUUACUGUGCCGACGUCCCUUUAUCCGCACUCACUUUUCCAGUGAUCUUGUUAAAUUGUCCCCACCAACACUAAUUCCGUAGUUCUCAGCCUCCACCGCCAUCCACCAUUUCCACCAUUACACAAUUUUGCUUUGUAAAACAUGUUCAUAAUAAAAAAGAAAUACAAGGUAUUUAAUCGAAA